CGUCCAGUUACCAGCGUGAGGCUGAACAUCGGUUGCACAAUUCUCUCCCAGUUGAGCAGUUCCUUUAGAUUCAGAGUUGAUGCUGCAGGAAACAGGAGCAGACUAUAACUCAAGUGGAGAAACCUUAGGAAGAAAAGAACCUGGAGCCAGGACUGUCACAGCUGAUCGGGAGUAAUUCUAUAUCAGUGAAAGAGUUGGUUGGGACACACAGACAGCUCGCUUCCCAGACGGAGAGGAAAGAUGGAGAAAACUAAUUCUCAUUCUGAAAAGGUGCAAUGUUGCAACUUGAUUGAAAACGGGGGCAAAUCUGCAUAUCUCAGAUUUCUUAGACGCUGGAUUAGAAUUGUAGUUGAAGCUGCACUUCUCAUUUCUUUGAUAGUGAUGGGAUUUAAAACCCAGCAGUCUUGUCCACUCUACAACGCUGCCUCAUGUCCAAUGAACUGUUCCACCCCGUCGUGUGUGGAUGGCUGGAUCGGAUACCGAGGGAAAUGCUACUAUUUCUCAGAGGCUGAAGGUAACUGGACCUACAGCCAGAGCCACUGCUCUGCCCUCGGUGCCUCCCUGGCUGUGAUUGGCACCCGGCAGGACCUGGAUUUCGUGCUGCGAUAUAAAGGCACCACAGAUCCGUGGAUUGGUCUCCGGAGGGGCUCCGAUCAUCACUGGAAAUGGGCAGAUGGCACCAAAUUCAGCAACCUGACUGAAGUCAGAGGAGAUGCAAACUGCGCAUUUCUGACGGAGACUACUGUCAGCUCUUCAAGGUGCUACACUGUGAGAAGCUGGAUUUGCAACAAACUGUAUGCGUAAUAGAUGAAGGGAAAGUAACACAGACAUGCAGGGGGGAUGCCGGAAAUGAAAGACGUAAAUCACAGUUUGACUCUGAAAACUGAGAGCAAAAAAACUGCACCUUAGGAGUACUGAUUUAUCGUCUCUUGGUGUCUCCAGAUCAGAUGGGCUCAUUUGAGAAGUAAACAGAUGCUGCUGGGGUUUCCUUCCCUCCCUCACACCCCCAUUAGCUGCCAGCACCACAAGCUCGCCUCUGGGAUCUGAGAGUCAAGCUGGGUUCUUAAUUUCGUACAGCAUCUCCAGUGAUAAACGGUCUACAGGGCUGCCCUUUGUGGACAUCCAUGUUGUUCUUCCGUCCCUUUCCCGUCCUGCCUUCCAUGACUGCCAUGAGGCCCCCGUCCUCUUCCCAUGCUGUCCCUCUGACCCACACAGCCCCCGUCCCCUCCCUAUCCUGCCCUCUAUGGCUCUUGCACCAUCCCCCCCUUAACCUUGUCCAGCCCUUUACUGACCCUCCUGGAAAGGGUGUGUGUGCGCACCUAUAUGCUCCUUGAAAUGUUUUUUAUCUUGGUUAUUCAUUAAGGCAGUAAUGGCUGAGCAGAAGCGUAUUACCCCACUGCCCUAAGUAUUUACACGUUGCUCGUUUCUGUGACCUCUGAGCCCCAGCAAUUCCAGGCUACGAGCCCAUAAAAAAAACUGGAUUGAAAGCGUGAGCAGCGUGUUGUCAUGAAUGUAGGGUUCAGAGUGAAAUCCGAGCCCCACUGGGGUCAAUGGGACUUUCGCUGUUAAUGUCAAGGGGGCCGGAACUUCACCCUCUGUUUAUACAUUCUUUGGGGUAGGGACCAUCUUUGUGUGCUGUGUUUGUACAGCCCCUAGCACAGUGGGGUCCUAGUCCAUGACCGAGGCGUUACUACAGUACUACUCCUACUAAAACAGAGUGAUCAUAUGGACCUUUAGAUCAACACAGUAAUCCAGAACAAAGCAGGAUUGUAUUCACAAGAGUCUGUUAGCCACUAUCACCAAUCCCAAAUAUUCACAAAUCAGGAGUCAAAACAGUCCUGAAAAUCAUGUGUGUGAUUUAAAA